GUUUAUCGUGUUUAACAUGAACCAACAAUAAUAACAAUAGUCUUGAUUAACAUUUUUUACUGUUCUUUUCAGGGUGAAGUCUUUUUAUAAGUCAAGCAAAACAACUUUCAUUUUCCUUGCUUUAAAUUUGUAGCUCAAAUAGUUUGGUUACCUUCGUAGAUAAUGACACUAGUAGUUCCACCAUCAGCCCUUACAUAAAGGCCACUAAAACAUUUGCUUUAGGCCAAAAUACUUUUAAAAAGUUUUGAUGGCCACAUUAUUAAAUGGGAAUAUACACUAGAUGGUAGAUUUUUUUUCAAACUUUGCCGAUUGUUAGGUAAUAUGUAUACAAAAUAGACACAACUGGGAUGGCAAGCUGCGUUUUGUCUUCUCUUCCAAAUUUCUGAUGUUUUUCUCGAUGACAUGUAAUAUUUUGUUUAUAAACCAUUUCCAAAUAUGACAUACUAUUUAUGUUUGAUGUAACACCAUUUUAUACAAACUCAUCCCUCUAAUAGCAAUUUUACCACAUUCUCUUUUCCAAGUUGUACCCCACAUAUGUCGUUUAGCUAAAUAAAUCUUAUAGAUUUAGUUAUUGCGUGAGGUGCUAAUGUAACCUAACACGUUUUUCCUCUUUGUUUUUAUUUUCGCCACGUACCAACAUAUAUAGAUUGAGUUAUCUUCCAAGAAACUCUCGCCAUCGACGCGGUGUUCGAGAGUUGCAAAAAAUGCGUUGCGAAAGGCGUUGAUAUCGGUCAAAGAGUGGCCGAUUUCUCAGACCGUGUUCAUUCCUACUGAUAAUAAGAGAGUGUAGGUGUUGUUUUAACCGUGAGGUGUUGCUUUUAUUUACGACCUUUAUAAUUUUGUAUGUUGCAUAUGGUGUGAUCUUUUUUAAUUUAAUAUAUACUAGAUUUUGAUCCGCGCUUUCAAAUCGCAAGCAUUUUCUGCUGAUAAUUUUGAUAAAAUAUACAUGAAUUUAUAGCGUAUUAUCAAAAAAAGGUGUUUUAAAUUUUAAGCAAUGCUUUCAUAUCCUGCCUAGAUCUGUUGUCGAACAAAAAUCUCUGACGAUUCGUAUAUAAUUUGUAUAUAGCAUAUAUUAACAUAUAUAAUUUGUGUAUAUAAUAAAUUUUCUAAAUUCAUAUAAAGGUUUGUAUAAAUAUACAUAUAUAAGAAUCAAAAUAAUAUAAUUUGUUUAUUUCAACCCGUCUUCAUUAAUUUAAAAUAAUUUUUAAUGUCUUAACCCUGUAUAUAGUUUUUAAUGAUAAAAAUAUGUUUGACAAUAUUUUUCUUCAAAUAUAAUUUUGUUCUUACAAAUUCUCCAAAAUUUUCUUGAUGUUUAGUUAAAGGAUUUUAUACAAAUUAAUAGAUUUUUUAUUGAGAUAUUUUUUACAUAUUCUGCUAUUUCUGACAUAUUUAUAAUAUCAAUUAUACAUACUAAAUUUUUAUUUUCAAACAUUUUAAACUUAAUAACUUUUAUUAUUGUUUUAAAAAAUUAUAUAAUGUUUAGUUUAGUGUUAUCAAAAACAUUGAAUUGGAAAACUAUAUUAUAUAAAAAGGUAUAGUGAAUAAGUUUUUUAAAAAUUGCUGUAAAUAAUUUUUAGGAUAAUAAAUAUAGUGGUACGUUUUAAAAAGGAAACAAUAAAGGAGAGAAAAUUUAAUUAAUUGAAUUGAAUUUUAAGUUUUAAAAUAUUUUCUAAAUUAGUUGGUUGAUAUUAAUUAGUUAAGAUAUGCAUAAAUUUAGGAGUGACAUUGUCUUGUAAAUAACUCUAAAAAUUAAGCGUAAAAUCAUAUUAGGUAUUUUGUUUUAAUAGUAUAGAUUAAUAUUUAUUUUGACUUUCGUUUUCUUCUAAAACCCUAAAUUAAAUACAACUAAUGAAAGAAAACGUUUUAGAAAGUACAUUUUACCAAGUCCUAAUUAACCAUAUUAAGGUUUGAUUUCUUAUAAUGCCUACGCUAAUUUAUUAUUAUGAAUCAUUUGUAAACUUACCCUUCUAUAGAAAGUCAACUUCUUCCUUUUUACAAUGUUAAAAUCCUAAACGUUUUAUUAAAUCGUGAAUCUCUAAACCUGGUCCAGUAAUUUGGUUGGUUUGAGUAGUUAUUCCUUUGCCUUCAGAACUUUUAAUACGUCUAUUACAUCAGUCAAUUAUGGAGGCAACAAACAAGUAAUCAAUUUCUUGUAUAGUUAUUUUACGCAAAGGAAAUUUGCACUAUUUUAUCGUGGAAUGCCUGGCUUAUUUCUUCACCGGCCAUUAGGAUAAAUGUGUUAAUUUGAAGACAUAUUUGUAUUACAGAACAAAGUAGAGAGAAAAAAAUGGAAGAAUAUAUUAAGCGAUUCACAUCGUCAUGGUCGUCGUCGUGUGCGUGUAAUAGAGAAAGGUCCACUUAUGACUUGCCCCUUCGUAUGCACACAAUCUCAUCUCGUCCUUUCCAAAUACAAUUUUGUCUCUUUCUCAUGAACGUUUUGUUGGUCUAUUUCAAGUCCAGGUGGGAUUUGCACUAUUUUUUAUAUCAUUUUCCAACCUUUUUAAAGUAUAAAUCGAACCAGUUUAUUUGUUCUUCUUUUUCAUUGACAUCAUGAAAAACAACAUAAGAAAAUAAUAUAAAAAUGAUAAUUAUUGGUACAUUCGGGGAUCUCAAUUUCCUCUAGGCGGCCUUUUGAUUUUUUCAGCACAUGAGAAAUAAAACUAAUGAAAAAAAUUAAUUGUUAUUAUUCUUGUGAACAUUCUCAAAGAUAUUUGCAGCAAAAAGUGAUGGAGGACACGUAGGGCCAAAGGAACAGACAGAUGGUGUGUGGUAAGCAACUGUAGUCUCUCUCAUCCUCCAUGUCCUAAACCCAUGUCUCCAUACACUUUCCCUUCAAAACUCAUUUUUCUCUUCUGAUCCCUCCUUUAAAUAUACCCUCUCUCUACCUUGUUUCUUACAUGCAUUGAUCAUUAACAUGAAGAGGGACAGAAAGAAACAGAAACUAGAGGAAGAGGAGAGGAACAUAGAGGUGGUGGUGGUGGAGCAAGUUGAUGCAUUGGCUGCAGCAGCGACGGUGGCUGCAGCUGCGGCUGUGGAAGAGGAGGAGGGGUUGUGGGGUAUGUGGCUCAAGGAAGGAGACGUUGUGGUCGACGAGCUGAUGACAUGGAGCACCGUGUUGCCUUCAUGUUGGGAUGUGGAGUUUGUUGAGAAAAACUAUGGAGUUUUGUUCGAAGAUGUUGUGUGGGAUGAUGAUCUUUGGAAUUUGAACACUUCGACUCAGCUUCCACCUUUAGAUAAUAACACAAGACAAGAUUGAAGUCUGGUGAUUCGAGGUUUUUCAAUCGGUUCGAUUUUUCGGUUUUAGUAUGGACCAUAUAUCGUAAUCAAAAUUUAUAAUUUGUUUGAUUUGGUAUGGUUUUAAGUUUAAAUCAUGAGUUUUUCUAUACAUAUAUUCUUAUCUUGAGGAUUUUCUUAUAAAGAAAAUUCAAGCUGGUUUGGAGUUUGAUUUUUUUUCUUGGUUUAAGUUUUGGGUUUCCGGUUAAGAAUUUAGAACUCAGUAAACCGAAUUAAGUUUGUUAA